AUGGCUGGCAGUACGCUAGCAAUGCGCUCCAUGGCUUUCAAACAGCUGUCGGCGAUGUCCCGUCGCUCGAUGUCGACAUCGCAGCUGGCCCUUCGUGCUCAAUCACUUCGUCCCGUCUCCCAGUCCGUGUCGCGCGUCUGUCGUCGCAGCUACGCCGAUGCCGCUCCCACUCCCUCGCCUGCUCCCCAACCCAAGAAGCGCUUCCGGUUCCUCCGCUGGGCCUGGCGAUUGACUUGGCUCUCCGCUAUUGGUCUCACUGGUACCGUCGCAUACAGCAUCUUCGAACUCCGCUCUCCUCCGGAUCAGUCUCCGCCUGACCCAACCAAGAAGACCCUGGUCAUCCUCGGAACUGGCUGGGGCUCCGUCUCUCUGCUGAAGAAGCUGGACACUGAAAACUACAAUGUCAUCGUCGUCUCUCCCCGUAACUACUUCCUGUUCACUCCCCUGCUGCCCUCAUGUACCACCGGUUUGAUCGAGCACCGCUCGAUCAUGGAGCCCAUCCGCAACAUUCUGCGCCACAAGAAGGCCGGCGUGACUUUCUACGAAGCCGAAGCUACCAAGAUCGACUACGAGAAGCGCGUUGUCUACAUCAGUGACGAUUCCGAAAUCAAGGGUGAUAUCUCGCACACCGAGGUUCCCUUCGACAUGCUUGUGAUCGGUGUUGGUGCCGAGAACGCGACCUUUGGUAUUCCCGGUGUUCGCGAGAACUCUUGCUUCCUGAAGGAGGUUGGUGACGCUCAGAACAUUCGUAAGCGCAUUAUGGACUGUAUCGAGACUGCUUGUUUCAAGGACCAGACCGAGGAGGAGGUCAAGCGUCUGCUGCACAUGGUUGUGGUUGGCGGUGGCCCCACUGGUGUCGAGUUUGCCGGUGAAUUGCAAGAUUUCUUCAACGAUGACCUGAAGAAGUGGAUCCCCGAGAUCAAGGACAACUUCCAGAUCACUCUCGUGGAAGCUCUCCCCAACGUUCUGCCCAUGUUCUCCAAGCAACUGAUUGACUACACCGAAUCCACCUUCAAGGAGGAGGCUAUCACUAUUCGCGCCAAGACCAUGGUGAAGGAGGUCACUGAUAAGCACAUCAGAGCCGAGGUCACCAAGCCCGACGGAUCCAAGGAAAUCGAAACUAUCCCCUACGGUCUUCUCGUCUGGGCUACCGGUAACGCUGUUCGCAGCGUCGUCCGCGAUCUCAUGAACCAGCUCCCUGCCCAAGCCGAGUCCCGCCGUGGUCUCCUCGUCAACGAAUACCUCGUUGUGAACGGUACCGAAAACGUCUGGGCCGUCGGUGACUGCGCUAUUGCAAACUACGCCCCCACUGCCCAGGUCGCCGGCCAGGAAGGUGCCUUCCUCGGCCGUCUCUUCAACACCAUGGCCAAGAGCGAGGCUCUCGAGAAGGAGCUCGAGAACCUCUCCGACGCCCAGUCCGCCGCCAAGGGCGACGAGGCCCGCAACCAGAUCCUCGACGAGAUCCGUGAGCGCCAGAAGCAGCUCCGCCGCAACAAGCAGAUCGGUCCCUUCCAGUACUCCCACCAGGGUUCCUUGGCCUACAUCGGCAAGGAGCGUGCUGUGGCCGAUAUCAGCUGGCUGAGCGGCAACAUUGCCAGCGGUGGUACCAUGACCUACCUGUUCUGGCGCAGCGCCUACCUGAGCAUGUGUUUCAGCACCCGCAACCGCGUUCUCGUCUGUGUUGACUGGGUCAAGGCCCGUCUCUUCGGCCGUGACGUCUCCCGCGAGUAA